GGACGUGUCGUUUUGAGUCCUCGUGUCUAGUCAUAUUAUAGUCUAUAAAUUUCGAAAGUGUGACUGCACGUAUCGUUUAUUAUGGUAUCAUUUUCCGUUUUUGUUAUGUCAAAGGGCUAACUUUUGGACUUUGCAACAGACUCUCACAGAUAUAAAUCGACAACACACACUAGGCUCAACGCUACAGUUACACCAUCUGCGCACUCUCGAGUCAGAGAUGGACACCUUGACUUUUCUAAGUGUUCUACUUGCAGUCACGCAUUAUGUGUCAGGGCAGAGUACAAUAAAAUGGUGCACUAUUUCUGAGGCGGAGGAGUCCAAAUGUAAAGCCAUGUCUCAGGCAUUCACCAGUGCUUCAAUUCGACCAGCGAUACAGUGCGUCCGUGUCUCAUCUAAAUCAGAAUGUGCUCAAAAACUCAUCAAAAAAGAAGUUGAUGCCUUUUCAGCCAGUGUUUCAGAGAUAUACAACAUUGGCAAGCAAGCCAGCUUCAAAAUUGCAGCUGGAGAAUCUGGAGCAGAUGGGAAAGGAAUAACUUACUACGGUGUUGCUGUGGUCAAAAAGAAUAAUUCAGCCAUCAACAUCAACAUUCUGAAGGGGAAGAAGUCUUGUCACACCGGGAAGAACCGCACAGUUGGCUGGAACAUCCCUCUAGGGUAUUUGAUUGACACUGGGAUGAUGUCUGUCAUGGGCUGUGACAUCCCUCAAGGGGUUGCUGACUUCUUUGAGGCCAGCUGUAUCCCAGGGGCCAAAGACGACCCUGCAUCCCUGUGUCAGCUCUGUGUGGGAGAUAAAUCUGGAAAUUUUAAGUGUGACCCAAGCAACAAGGAGCAAUACUAUGCAUAUAACGGAGCAUUCAGGUGCUUGGUUGAGGAUGCUGGUGAUGUCGCCUUUGUAAAGCACACCACUGUAGGCGAGAAUACUGAUGGUAAGGGGGAUUCGUGGGCUCAGGUCUUGCACUCUGAAGACUAUCAGCUCCUGUGUCGGGACGGCACUCGCAGUCCAGUCAGUGAUUAUGAGAAAUGCCAUCUGGCGCGAGUGCCAUCGAGGGGGAUUGUUGUCCACUCUGACAUCAGCAGUUCGGUGGUUUACAACAUGUUGCGUGAGGGACUGCAAAAGUCUGGGUUCUCCAUGUUCUCCUCAGCAGACUUCAGUGGGGAAAACUUGUUGUUCAGCGACGCUUCAACAACAUUUAUCCAAGCUGGAAAUGAAAACCAUAUCGAAUGGAUGGGCCGAUACUAUGACAUACUGAGAGCUAUGGACUGCUCAAAGUCAGAUGUCCCCACUCAACUUCGAUGGUGUGUCCUGUCUAAUGGAGAGCAGCAAAAAUGUGCAGACAUGGCUGUGGCUUUCAAAAGCAAAAAUUUGAUUCCUGAUAUUCAGUGUGUCUAUGGCACAUCUGUGGAAGACUGUUUGAAGAAAAUACAAAACAAGGAAGCUGAUGUCAUCACUCUUGAUGGAGGCUACAUCUACACAGCAGGAAAGAGUUUUGGUUUAAAACCUGCGGUUGGAGAAAGCUACACAGGAGACACUGACGGAAGCAUUUAUUAUGCUGUGGCUGUGCUGAGGAAGAGCAACAUGGACAUCCAGAGAUUCAGUGACCUCAAGAGCAAGCGCUCUUGUCACACAGGUUAUGGCAGAACUGCAGGCUGGAACAUUCCAAUGGGUCUGCUAAUAGAAAAAGGCAUCAUCAGACCAGAGACAUGCCAAGUGCCCCAAGCUGCUGGGGAGUUCUUUAAAUCAUCUUGUGUACCCGGAGCCAAUCAGAAGGGUUUCCCCAGUAAUCUGUGUGAGCAGUGCAUUGGAGACUCCAGUGGUCAGAACAAGUGUGAAAAAGGCAAGGACUUAUACGACGGUUACGAUGGAGCCUUUAGGUGCCUUGUUGAAAAUCAUGGUGAUGUGGCCUUUGUCAAACAUUCCACUGUAUUUCAGAACACGAAUGGAAACAAUACUGAUUCUUGGGCGGAGCAAUUGGAUUACCGUGAAUUUCAGCUGCUUUGUUCUCAGGAGUCUCGUGCUGAAGUCACUCAGUACACCAAGUGCAACCUGGCCCGUGUCCCUUCCCACGCUGUUAUGAUAAGACCCGAUAUCAACCACCACCUCAUUUUUGGCCUUCUGGACAAAGCCCAGAAUUUCUUUGGAGUUAAUGCUGCCUCAGGCUUCAAGAUGUUUGACUCAAGCGCUUAUGAGGGGUCGGACCUGAUUUUUAAGGACUCAACCAUCACUUUAAUUGGUGUGGGAGAGAAGAAAACGUAUGAGGAGUGGCUUGGCCAGAGCUACCUGGAUGCUGUGAUAGCCAUGGAGUGUUCAGCCACAUCAACAGUGUUGUCCUCGUCCCUACUACUGCUGAUGUCCAUUGUGAGCUCCCUGGUGUCCCUGUUGGCUUUGUAGCAGGUCUGCCAGUCACAGAAGGGGUUUGGCAACUUCAUCUCUUCUUGACUCUGACCUUCAUAGUUGUAUGUAUCAAUAUAUCUAUAGGUGAUUCAAGUUCAAAUCAAGAUGUGAGAUCAAAUUUAAAGCUACAAUAUGCUUAAGCAAUAGCAAUGCAUUUUAUCUGUGAUUGUAAUGGUACAUAGUACGGCUGAUAAGAUUUCCGAGGGAGAUUUUGAGGACCGUCUUAAAUUAAGAAACAACAAAGAGUUGUCUGAAGUCUUUCUUUAAACUAGAGUUUAAACCAAAGCUGAUCCCUUAUCAUGACCAUUUGUAUUAUUCUACUCUGAAAUUGCUGAGGGCAAUAGCCAUAUCAGUGCAUAUGCUUUGCCUGUUACAUAUUUAUUGCACAAUGUUUAUUGCAGCAUUUUAAACCAACAUUUUAUUAUGCUAUGAACUACUUGAAGGCACAUGCCAUAUCAGGGAAUAUGCUGUGUCUAGUAUUUUCCUCUUUGAUGAUUUUCAUCAUCAUGCCAUUGAAUGCAACAUGCACUGGAGUUUUACUACUGAAUAGAUUGAAAGGGUUAUUUUACUCUCAUAUUCUCCCCAGACUGAAAGCAGAAGAAAAUGAGUUUUCAGUGUUUUUUUUUUCUUGCUUUUGCAUUCUCAAAUCAACAGCACAACGUGCAACUCAUGCAUAUAAAAUCUGAAAUAUAUAUAUAUAUAUAUAUUUUUUACAUUUUUAAUUUAAAAAAAAAAUUAAUUAAAUAAAAAAAAUAUAUAUUUUUUUCUGAUAAUUAAUCACUGAGUUGAAAUAAGUUGUUGAAUUAUGAUACACCCGGUAAUGCUUUCGUAUCUGGGGGAUAAAUAUAUCUUUCCAGUGACUGUGCAGUCAUUGUUGCAACAUUAAAAUCCUUUUGUCUCUGCAUUAUGUUAGUAUUGUUGCAAAGCUUUUAUUUACUAAACAAUGUUCUAAAACUGUUGCUCGCCUUUCUUUGUGGUAGUAACUGAUUGUAAAUUCCCAAAAAUGAUUCAUACAGCACAUUUUAGUGAACCCCAUACACUGAGAUAAAUAACCAUGGAUACUAUUCAUUAAACAUUUUUUGAAAUUCAAGUCCAAUCAAAUGGGGCAUAACAAGUCUUGUCCAAAACCCACAAUGGAUGGACCUCCAGCAGAUUUUGAAUCAUUGAUAUAAUAGAUCAUCCCUUCAGCUUGCCUUUUCACAUCAGUGUGUGCUUUAGAUGUCUGUUCCAUUAUAGUAUUCACUUUUUUGCUUUGUAAUUUGAUGUUUCUUUGAGAGGUUUAUUUGUAUAUGUUGUUCAGAUACCAUAUCAGUGUAUAUGUGCUGACACAUGAAUGUAUUGCAUUAAUGUUUAGCCUGCUUUUUCUUGGUUGCAAUUUCUUAAUGAAAUGAUUGAGAUAUAACUAAUAUUUAGUUGCCAGGCCAGUGCGUCUGCUCAAGUAUUACAACAUACUGUCUCUUAUUUUAAAUAAACAA